GAGGAUGAACAAACACAUGCUUUGAUAUGACAUUGAGUUUCCUUUUGUCACAUGACAAAAGUAGAAAAUAUUCACCUUCAAACACGCACACAACAUCGAUGCAAAUAUUCUGCAUGCACAAUUUAUAAUUUGAGGGAAGUAUUUUCAUCAGAGCAACAUGAAUCUGACAUUCGCAAGAGUGAAGCAAGGCAUCACUAAGUUGAGGAAAUUACAUUUCCUCCCUGCUUCAUCAACGGCUCAACAAUGUAAAUCAUUGAGCGUUAAGACCGGGGUAUCGCAUGACGAGGAGUACACACAUAUUAUUGUUGGAGCAGGGUCUGCAGGAUGUGUUCUGGCCAACCGUCUCUCUGCCCAAUCUAGCAACAAAGUUCUACUGCUUGAAGCCGGACCGAGAGAUAACUCGCCGACGAUUCAGAUGCCAUCAGGCUGCAUAAUCGAUCUCGGUCGCAAAACCCACAACUGGUAUUAUCACACAGUACCUCAGAGGAAUUUGAACAACAGGAAAAUGUAUUGGCCAAGGGGUAAGGUUCUUGGUGGCACCUCCUCUAUCAAUGGGAUGGUCUAUAUGAGAGGCCAUGCUGAUGACUACGAUAGGUGGGAGAAAGAGGGCGCUAUAGGGUGGUCUUACGCAGAUUGUCUGCCAUACUUCAAACGUGCCCAGUGUCAUGAGAAAGGCGAGAACGAGUACAGAGGAGGGGAUGGUCCGCUUAACGUGUCCAGUGGUAAAUCAAAAAACCUUCUCCUAGAAACCUUCGUUAAGGCGGGUAUAGAAUGCGGAUAUCCGUACACACAAGACAUGAAUGGUUAUCAGCAAGAGGGAUUCGGAUUCCUGGACCUGACCAUACACAAGGGAAGACGGUGGAAUACAUCAAAUGCAUACCUUAGAUCAGAGGAUGUCCUAAAGAGGAAUAAUCUGAAGAUCCAACCGCAGUCAUUAUGCGAGAAAGUUAUUUUUGAAGGGACAAAAGCGGUAGGAAUAGAGUUCACCUGUAAUGGCAAAAAGAAAGUAGCAAGGGCAUCACAAGAAGUUAUUCUAUCCGGUGGAGCAGUGAAUUCGCCACAGUUGCUAAUGUUAUCUGGAGUGGGGGACGCAGAUGAACUUGGAGUGCUCGGUAUUCCAAUAGUUGCGAAUCUUCCUGGAGUAGGACAGAAUCUCCAAGACCAUCUCCAGCUUUACAUAUCCCAUGUCUGUACGAAGCCCGUUUCUGUUUACAUGCCCAAAUGGAAAAUGCCCCUAGCGAUGAUUUCAGCUGGUCUCCAAUGGCACAUGUUCAAGACAGGGGAUGGUACCACAAUUCAAUUAGAAGCAGGCGCGUUCAUAAGAAGCCACCCUGGGGUAAACCACCCUGAUGUCCAGAUGCACUUUGCGCCGGUGAUAAUGUACGAUCAUGGUCAAACACCUUGGAACUGUCAUGGAUUUCAAAUUCAAGUCAAUACUUUGAGGGAAACCAGUCGAGGCUUUAUCAAGCUUAAGUCCCGUGACCCAAAAGAACACCCCCUCAUUGAUCCCAACUACAUAGACACUGAAAUCGACCGGAGGGACCUACGGGAAAGUAUUAAGAUCACUCGAAAAAUCUUUGCGCAGACUGCCUUUGAUGAAUUCCGUGGGGAAGAAUUACGACCAGGUUCGUCUACCCAGAGUGAUGCUGAACUUGAUGCUUUUAUCCGAGCCAAAGCAGAGACUAUCUACCAUCCGUGUUGCACCUGUAAGAUGGGCUCUGAAGACGAUCCAAUGGCUGUCGUUGACAGCUCUACCAGAGUAUUUGGUGUGGAAAAUCUCAGAGUAGUUGACGCGUCCAUCAUGCCGAGUAUCGUGAGUGGAAAUACCAACGCUCCCACCAUCAUGAUUGCAGAGAAGGCAGCCGAUAUCAUCCUUGGUAAUAAAGGUCUUGAGCCAAUCAAUGUUCCUGUCUGGAGACCCGAAUCCGAAGAAACACACAUGGAUGUCAAACCUUAGGUUUUUCUUUGAAGUUUGGGAAGUAUUUUCUGAGUCAAGCCUUAAGUUGGGCACUUGGCUUUUUGCGAAAGGGGGAGGGGGCAGAGGCCUUUAUUUUUUAAACAAAAAAGAUAACGUACAUCCAUAUCAAUAAGUUACUCGUCAACUUGACUCACUUAGUUUCUCUAUUUUGCGAUAAUACUUCCUUUUUUCAGAGCAUGAGAAUUACAAUCAAGCGAUACAAAUCCCUUACUCUAUUAAUCAAUUGCUUUCUAUAAUCAUCAGCUUGAUCUUAUUUGUUUCACAUGCAAACGCGUAAUCUUCCGACCUUUCAUCAAAUACCCAAGCCCAUCAUUGCUUUUUCUCAUUAUAUUAUGCCACUGGAAGUCACCCAAGCUCAAAAACUUAAUCGAGUUUUAUUCAUUCAGCCCUGUAGAACACUGUUUAUUCAUAAAUUGUUAAAUUACAAAAUGAACUCGUAAUUUUCAUCGCAGUUUACCCUAAGGAGGCAUUUUAAAAAUAGUUUUUGUCAAAUUUAGGCAAACCAGAAAACGGCCAUUGACGAUAAUUGCGAUGCUUCUGUGAUGCGGGUUCUUGCCUCAAUGACUUUGUUCAGUGUUUGUUUCUCACGUGGAAUCUUAAAUCACUCUUCAUUAAUUAAGGCCUAUUUAUGUUCGAAUGAAAUCAUAAAGAGGCAUGUAGCAAAUAUGAUAAAUUUGAACAUCCAAGAUAAAUCAAGGUGUGAAGGAUUGUUUUGCAUAUUUAAAAACAUUCACAUAAACUGUCGAUUCACAAAUAAAAUUUAAAUUUACAUGUUUGGGCUUGAGGUGUUUAUUCCGCUCGCAGGCUUUUAAAGUUGUUCGGGCAACAUUUUUUUUUUAAUUGAACAUUUUCUAGGUUUCAUAGAACUGGAUACAUGGCACUCUUCAAUAGGGAGCAAGGGGCAACCGCCCUUGUUAAUUUUCCUGUAAUGAAACAUAACUGGGGGAAGAGGGAGAAAAGAGAAAAAAGAAAAGUAUGCUAAAAAAGAGAGUUUGGGGUCAUGUCACUAUACUACGUAGCCACGUUAGCUUGUCAUGCGCCCUUUCCUCUUAUAAUGAAUACUCUGGCGAUGCAACUUCCUUUCAAGUUCCUUUCUCAGAAUAUUCGAUCCCGCCCUCAGGAUAGAUCGUCAAAUCUAGUUACAGAGUUUAAAUAUGUUGUACUUGAUCUAUUGUUAUUAUUAUCCACGUCUCCCGCAGAGGAAUCGAACUGAAUCCUUUCAUUUUUUAAAGAUAAAACAAGCAAACAAAGAAACAGCAACAAAGACAUUAUUGAAUGCAUUGGAGAUCCACAAAAGCUCCUUCUUUAUUGACAAAACACAGCGAAAUAGAGUGACAUUUGAACCGAUGUUUAAAACAAGAUAUAGCUUCCUUUUUUUUUGGGGGGGGAGGGUCAAUUUCUUUCCGCCCUUCCCUUGGAGGUAGAAGCCGAGGCACCCGUCCUUCUUGCCCCCCACCCCUCUCCCUCCAAAUAUAUGCCACUAUUAUGUACCCCAGGGGAGAGCACUCUGAUUUGGAAAGGAUAUAGGGGUGUGCGGCCCCAUGCUAUAUCUGAAACCAUACCCCUAAGAACUGGGUCCGUAACACAAAGGUUAGCAAUUAGUUGUACGCUUGAUUUUCAUGAUUGAUUGUACACUGUUUUCAAUGGAAUCAAUCGUAGAAAAUGUUCUACGAUCAUUGCUAAGCUUUGUGUUACGGGCCACUGAAGUUGCUGUAAAAUUAGGGGCUUAAGAACCAGACGACCCUCUGCAAAUGGGGGUACCUGAGAACUGUUAUUUAACUAGAAAUGGGAAUCUAUGAGAACUGAAUCUUGAAAAUAAGGAACUUAUUAUAAACGGGGGGAAACGGGUUGGUCAAGGAAAAAAGGUGAACAUGAUGCUUCACAAAAAAAAGGUUAAAGGAGUGAAAUCUUUUCCAAAGUUAAUGUUUUAUAUAAUCUUGCAUAAAGCUGAUUUUAAGCGUUUGGUCAAUCGAACCAUUGUAAGUGGUACAUGCAACAUUUAGAAAAUAUUGUUACUUCUCCAACCUUUCAAAUGUUGACUUAACAUUUAAUUUUUUAGAGUGUUGGUAAAUGCUGGAAAGUCGUGAAAAGUGGGUCUUAAUGGUUUCACAUACCAAUACUAUCAUUAUACGUGAGUGUCCUCCGGGUAUAGACAUAAAUCUUCUACGAAAAUUUAAACUCAAAACCCCAACGAUUACAUCAAUAAAGAAAAAGAAAGUUGUGGUUUGUCAUACGUACGCACACGACUAACUGUAAUUUCAUCGUUUUAGCACGAACACAUUCACAUAUAACAAAGCACAUGCGUCAAAACGCUAUUUCAUAAAUAUGAUAUCUACACCUAUUUACAAACAUCGCAGUCCCAUAUUAAGGAUAACAUUUUUAAGAUUCUGACAUGAUCAUCCAAUAUAUACAC